AUGGGCGUCCUGGGCGACGGCUCGGGGUGGUGCUUCUGCUCCGGCGGCGGGGCCAAGCUGGAGCGGAUCAAGUCCACGCUGCUCGCCGCCAAGGGCCCCGCCGUCGCGGCCGUGUCCUUCCCCCGCAGCGGAGAAGGAGCAGGAGGGAAACGCGGGGACGGGAUCCUCAUCCACCGCAGCCUCCUGCUCACCACGCACGGCACCGUCCCAUCGGCCGCCGCCGCGGGCGCCGCCGAGGUCCGGCUCAGCCAGGGCCGCCUCCUGGCCCGCCUCGUGCCUCAGAGGUUCUUUAUUACUAGUCCAAUUCUGGAUCUUACGAUAGUCGGGCUUGAUGUCGUGGAUGAUGGCUCAGAUUCGCAUGGGCAACAGCCUCAUUUCCUGAAAACCUGCUUGAACCCCAGCUUGGACCUUGGCAGUACAGUUUUGCUCCUGGGCCACACAAACAGAACAGAUUUGGCGGUGGGUGAGGGGAAGGUUGUUAUAGCAACGGACAACCUUAUAAAGUUCUCAACAGAUGAAGUCUCAUGGCGACCUGGAUCUGCUGGUUUUGAUAUGCAUGGGAAUCUAGCUUUUAUGGUCUGUGAUCCGAUGAAGCUUGCGCCUUCUACACCUACAGGGUACGCUUCUGCAUCAUCAUCUGCACUCCUUGCAUCAAAGAAGGACAUGCCUAUGCAGUUUGGGAUCCCCAUCCCUGCAGUAUGUGAAUGGUUAAAACAGCACUGGAGUGGUAGCUUGGAAGAUGUCAGCAAGCCAAUGAUGCCUCCUGCACGAUUAAUAUCUGCUGGACAACGAAGCGAACCUUCUUCUAUGGGUCAUCUUCGUUAUACCAAGACCACUGAGCAAGAGGAUGGUGUAUUGUCAUCAUCGCAGAUGCCAUCAAGGCCAACACAGCUGCAUGGAUCAUGCAGUUCAGCAUCUGCCAAGAUUUCAUAUGGUGAAAAUGGCUCUUCACGCUCUUUUCAAGACCAACGAGAUCCAACUUCGCAGAUGUACAGACCUAAGAAUGACCAACCAGGUUCACUUGUGGGUAUCAGCUUUCCUCCAGGACAUCCAAGAUCUAUUUGCUUACCACCUCCUCUAAAGCAAAUGAUGCCUGAUGAGAGUAAGAUGAAACCAAAUGGCUCAGUUUCACAUGAAUCACGGCUAGCUAACGCGCGGGUCAACUGCGACGCCCAGCACAAUGUUGCUUACCAGGAAAAUUGCUGGAGUGAGGCGCAGUCAAGUUCCUCACCACCGGCGAUAUCAGAACAAGGAGAUAGGAGGGAUGGUUUUAGCAGUGGGGAAGAGACAAUGUACUCCGCGGAAACUAUGGAAAGCAGGAACAUUCCAAGUCCAAAGGAAAAGAGGCCCCAGCCAGUUGGUAGAUCACAGAGUUUUGCGAAUCAUAGCAAAUGGGAUUCACCUAAAAGUGUCGAAUCUUCAAAAGGACCCCCCUCAAGGUCGCAUACAUUCAUUCCUCUGAGAAAACCGCAUUUGCAAGCAGCAGCAAUUUCACAGAAAAGCCAAGUUUAUUUCAGCCCUACUGUCUCCUCGAACAUGAAAAAGAGGAACAUGUCCCGUGUUCCGAUGAAACCUAGGCAAAGUGCUCAGGUUACCUCCAAGUGGAUAACCUGAUACUAUGAUCCCCCCAAAUCUCUCCAGACCAUACAAAGAUAUCACAUCUUUCGGUUUAGUCAGUUCCACUAAACAUCUCCUUUUUGUUUGUAGUCGUAUGGUGUAAAUGUAUACUAGCUUAAACUGCUCCGGUGAUUCUAUUCAAUUUAACAUUAGCUAGCAUUAUUCCUUUUUAUGUUUACCCAGUUGGCAUCAAACGAAUUGCCAUAAGAAAAUAUAGCUUUAUUUCCAGUCA